AAACUAAACAGUGAAUUAAAAAUGCAGCACAGUCUGAGUUUACUGCGUGUUUUGUGAAGAAGCUGCUACAUCAUUUCUGAGCGCUUUGCUACAGCCGUUCUGUACUGUGCUGUAUUAAUACAGUCUUUCAGAUCAGCCUAUCAGGAUGUCUGGAAUUAAACGGAAAUUGGAGGAUAAUGAUCCGGAUUACGAGGAGAUAGCUCUGGUGCAGCAGAGCAAGAGGAGCAAAGUUCUUGAACAGAAUGCUUGUGAUGCUACAGUACAAAAGAUCGAAGUAAUCAUCAGAGACCAGUUUGCUAUGGAGAUGAAGAACAAGGAGCAUGAGAUCGACGUCAUCGGCCAGCGUCUGAAUGAAGCAAGGAGGAUGAUGGACAAGCUGCGGGCCUGCAUCAUUGCCAGUUACUACGCCACCGCUGGCCAGCCUAAAGUUUCUGAGUCUGCUAAGAGUGAUUCAUCUGCACUUAAUCAUCCAGCGAUCAAACGCUUCCUGGAGUCUCCUUCACGCUCGUCGUCCCCUUUGAACCAGGGCUCUGAGUCCACCUCUGUAGUCCCUUCAGAGUCUGAGUCCCUGAGCCAGCAAGCAGAACCUGGAGAGAAGGACAGUCAUGGCUGGAAAGGAGAAGAAUCGGAGCAUUUGGAGCGCAGACCUGGACGCAACACGGGCAAGGACACGUUCGGUGUGCCGUCAUCUGUAGAACAUCAGGUCACAUUCCACACCACAGGAGAGGAGUCAUCACGACUUUAUGCGAAGAAAACCAUUGUUGUGGGCAACGUUUCAAAGUACAUAGCUCCCGAUAAGAGAGAGGAGAAUGAUCAGUCCACUCAUAAGUGGAUGGUUUACGUGCGAGGCUCACGGAAGGAGCCCAGCAUCGACCACUUUGUUAAGAAGGUUUGGUUUUUCUUGCACCCCAGCUACAAGCCCAACGAUCUGGUGGAGGUCAGUGAGCCCCCCUUUCACCUGACACGACGGGGCUGGGGUGAAUUUCCUGUGCGUGUGCAGAUUCACUUUAAAGACCAGAGAAACAAACGCAUCGAUAUCAUCCAUCAUCUGAAGCUGGACAGGACCUACACUGGACUGCAGACUCUUGGAGCAGAGACGGUGGUGGAUGUUGAGCUCCACAGAAGCUCUCUGGGCGACGACUUCAUCCCUUUCCCGCCUUCUUCCUCCUCAUCAUCCUCGUCAUCCUCUUCUUACUUGACAAGCAAGCCAUGUCAGACCAAAGCUCAGAAAUCCCAGCGGUCUGCGCAUGCUUUGUCACCAUUGCCGCUCUCUCCUGACCCCAGCUUAGAGAAAGCUGUGAAGAUUGAGUCUGUGCAGCCAUCAUGCUCUGAACGAGCCAAGUCACAGACCAAAGGCUCGGACAAAAGCACUCUGGGCUCCCACAACAGCUCUGCAUUUCAGCCAAUCACAUCCAGCUGCAAGAUCGUGCCCCAGGGCCAGGUACCCAGUCCUGCUGAGUCACCUGGGAAAUCCUUCCAGCCGAUCACGAUGAGCUGCAAGAUUGUUUCAGGCUCUCCUAUUUCCACUCCCUGUCACUCACCACUGUCCAGAACUCCCACCUCCACCCCUGUGCACCUGAAAGCCAGUUCAUCUGUAAACACCGCUCACACCAGCAUGGACAAGACGGGUCAGGUGCCCGGCACGGGCGCUUCCGUUGGCAUGGCAACAGCAAGUCCAUCGGCCAAACAGACCAGUGCUGCGCAGGGUGCGCGUUCACCUGCUCCUAAAGUCCACGCCGGCAGCUUCCUGUCUUCUGGAGUCAAGGUGAUCAUUAAGCAAGAGCCUGGAGAAGUGACCUCUCAGGCACCGCCACAGCAGCCGACUGGAGCCACAGUACUAGCCCAGCAGCAGCAGUAUGUGACAGUAAAAGGGGGUCACAUGAUCGCUGUGUCACCACAAAAAAGUGGAGUAGGAUCAGCAAGUGGAGCAACACCCACCAAGAUGGUGGGUAUACCUGUUGGUUCUUCACAGUCUGCAGUAAAGCAGGUGGCCAUAAGCAGUGGUCAGAUCCUGGUUGCCAAGUCCAGCCCUGCUGUUUCCAAGGUGGUCGGGCAGAAGCAGGUGAUGGCGCAGGGUGUCGCUAAAGCUAUUGUCAGUGGGGGCGGAGCUAAUGCCGGUAGCGGAGUCUCUGUGCAGCAGGUGCACCCUACCAAGUCGACAGCAGGAUCUGGUGGUGGAAAGAGCGGAGUCAUGGCAACCCUGCAGCUACCGGUGAACAACCUGGCUAACUUAGCCAACCUGCCCCCGGGUACAAAGCUCUACUUAACCACGAACAGCAAGAACCCUUCAGGCAAAGGCAAACUGCUACUCAUCCCACAGGGAGCCAUCCUACGAGCCUCAAAUAGCGCAGGUCAUCAGUCUCAGGGUUCUUCAUCUAGUUCUGCUCAAUCCUCCAGCAGCAGCUCCGGAUCUACCAGCCUAUCCUGCACCUCCUACAUACUUAAACAGACUCCACAGGGCACGUUUCUGGUCGGCCAGCCGAGUGGUUCCGGAAAACAGGGCUCAAGCAGUUCGUCGGGUCACGGUGCGUCCAGCUCCACUUCGGUUACCCAGCAAGCCAUUCGAGUCACAGCAGGACAAAAGGCUGCAAUCUUGGCUCAGGUGGUAGGUGGUUCCCAGGGCUCUCAGGUAAAGCUGUCUGAAGGUUCGGUGAAAACAGCAGCCGGGCAUCUGUCCAAACCGGGUGGAACCACUUUGAGAAUGACUGGGGGAAUCAUCACUGCCACGACUCCAAGUGCAACUGCUGCUGCCACGACCUCUCAACAGCCUGCAGAAGGAGCCAGUGUAUCUUCAGGUACUAAGUCAGCAACACAGCACUCUGUCCUGGUGCCAGCCAAUCAGGCCGCAGUGAUAAAUGCCGCCAAGAGUGCUAGCUCAGCGGCUAACUUGGUGAAAGGCACUGGCGCUGUCGUAACAAUGGCCAAGAGCGUCAACAUGCCGCUCAUCAGCUUGUCGAAGGGGGCAGGCACAGCAGUAGUAAGUGUGCCCAAAAGCUCCAGUCCCUCGCUGGUCAGUGCAGCAUCCUUAGUGGGAGGAGCAACAGUCAGUGGAAAGGCAGCUGCUGCAAUUUCAGAAAUGUUAAAGCUCCACUCUGGACAGUCGAGCUCCCAACAGACAGUCUUGACCAUCCCAGCAAACCAGCUCAAACAGCUCAGCAUUAGCGGUGCAUCGGCAGGACUGCAGACCAUCCUCAUGCCCGUGGGGAAAGUACAUUCUGGCUCUAAAGCUGCAUCAGGUGCUCAAAGUGGAGCUGUUCCCUCUACGUCCUCCCCCUUAGCUCAAGUUAAGACAGAGCCAGGCGUGUCCAGCUCUUCCUGCACGACCCCAGUCACACCUACAUCUACACCCCUACCUGCAGUGUCUACCCCUCUGCCCACAACCACCUCUGUCAAAGUGGAGCAAGGGACAGAGACCACAAUGCAUGAACUCAUCAACACUGAACAUAUUGAAACCCAGCUGCAACUUCUGACAGCUGCAGUGAAGAAGUUUCCCCUUAUUGUCCCUGAGAAAAAUGAAGAUUCGAACCCAUUCUGUGCUACUUCGGUGGAGCAGUACUAUUCCUGGAACAUCGGAAAGCGGAGGGCUGCUGAGCUCCAGAGGGCAGUAGCGGUGAAGCGUCUGGUUCAGGACAUCUUGGACCGAAACCCGCGGCUGCAGGCCAUCAGCCCCCCCAAAACCAGAGAGGUGGUGCAGUGGUGCCGUCUCCGUGGUUACACGCCUCCUGAUCCCGAACCUCAGCGCCUGGAGGAGGACUCCAUAGAGGACAUUCUUACACAGAUAGACAGCGAGCCAGAGUGUCCCUGUACCCUAACUGACACUGAGGAACUGUGUCAGCGUCUGGAACAGCUGCAGAAGAUUCUAAAAACGGAGCCGGAGGAGGAGAAUGACGAGCCUGUAGACAUAAUCGCUGUGAAAGAGGUCAGCAGCAGCAAGGUGAAGGUCAAGCAGGAGCAGGACGAAGCAGAACAGGAGCCCAAAUUCUUUCUGGGGUUAUGCCCUUCCUCCCAGUUCAUCAAAGAUUCAGCUGAGCAGAUUGGUGUGAGAUCUCAACCAGUAGAGGUGGAGAAAAAUGUAUUUGCUCCAGUAAUAGAAGCCAUGAUUCUAAAGGCUACACAACAGUUUGCUAGCGAGAUCCUGAGGGAAUCACUCGCUAAUGCUUAUGGAAAAACACCUCAAAACAGAGUUCCGAGGGAAGUCUCGGCCAUGAACGUUCACCAGGCAAUCAGCUCCAUUCCCACCUGUGAUUUCCUCACAAACAGGUAUAUGGGCCUUCUGCUGAAGGAUGGUGGGCACGCAGACUGAGACCUACCGGAUAACCAGAACUGCUCCACUACACACACCACCUGUAUUCUUUUACAGCUGAAUGAUUUCAGAAUGCACCGAGACCAAUCGGACACUGGCGUCAUUUGUUAGCAGCUUCAAAUGGUCUCAAACUGACAUGGUUAUUGACUGACUAAAGCGUCCCAAUGAGGCAACUAUGAAACGAUAGGUAUAACCAAAAUGACAUCACUUUAAGGCUGAAUGCUGGGAGUGCAUUGAAGAGCGCUAGAAAAACAUUCAUGGUCGAUUCAAGCAAUGGAGAGUUUUUUUUAAAGGUCAAACCUGGGGCAUUCAUUAAACAUGCUGUAAUAUGUCAAUAUUAAAUAGAAAAUGACAGAGUUGUACAAGAUACUUAUUAAAUAUUGGUGACUCGUUGGUUCAACGAUUGGCUGGUUGUUCAAGGAAGGAUGCCAGAGGGGAUUCCUCAUAACUGAUGCGAUUUUGACCUCUGCUGGCUGAUUGAUGGCGCCUGCACAGAGACGAGGGAUAACGCGAUCGGGGUGUGUCUCUUCGUACUCAAAGCUGGUGAAGAGAUGCAGUCGGCUACUGCACACAAAGGGGUUGUGUGUUAGUCAUAGCUCUUCUCAGUCAGGAGUAGAGGUCAGCAUUAGUAGAGAGGAAGCGUAAUGCACUCGGGUGUUUGGAUACGACUAGUUUAGGAAGAAUGCAAAUAUAUAUAUAUAUAGACAUACACUGAUCAGCCAUAACAUUAAAACCACCUCUUUGUUUCAACACUCACUGUCCAUUUUUAACCUGCUUUCACCCUGUUCUUCAGUGGUCAGGACCCCCACAGGAUCACUACAGAGCAGGUAUUAUUUAGGUGGUGGAUUAUUCACAGCACUGCAGUGACACUGACAUGGUGGUGGUGUGUUAGUGUGUGUUGUGCUGGUGUGAGUGGAUAGGACACAGCAGCGCUGAUGGAGUUUUUAAACACCUCACUGUCCCUGCUGGACUGAGAAUAGUCCACCAACCAAAAAUAUAUCCAGCCAACAGCGCCCCGUGGGCAGCGUCCUGUGACCACUGAUGAAGGUCUAGAAGAUGACCAACUCAAACAGCAGCAACAGAUGAGCGAUCGUCUCUGACUUAACAUCUACAAGGUGGACCAACUAGAUCGGAGUGUCUAAUAGAGUGGACAGUGAGUGGACAAGGUAUUUAAAAACUCCAGCAGCGCUGCUGUGUCUCAUAUCAGCACCAUGUCAGUGUCACUGCAGUGCUGAGAAGGAUCCACCAUGCUCUGUGGUGGUUCUGUGGGGGUCCUGACCAUUGAAGAACAGAGUGAAAGCAGGUUAAAACAGUAUGUAGAGAAUAGAUGGACUACAGUCAGUAAUUGUAGAACUACAAAGUGCUUCUAUAUGGUAAGUGGAGCUGAUAAAAUGGACAGUGAGUGUAGAAACAAGGAGGUGGUGUUAAUGUUAUGGCUGAUCGGUGUAUAUCUAUUUUGAACACCAUUUAUUCCGAGAGAAAAAAAGGGUUAGUCAUUGGCACUCUUGCAUUUAGUCUUGUUAUAUGAAUGUCUCAAUGCUUUUAUAUUGGAAAAGGGAGGUUGUAGAAUACAGAGCAACAGAUCUAAAACACUUCAGUACUGAAUCUUUUAAGAUCCUGGAAUCCACUAAGUCCUCUCUUGUGGACAUUUCCUCCUAAAUGUAACCCUAGAUUUAGGGCAGUGAAGUGCAGCUGCUAUGGCAAAAGCUUGAUUCUGUGGUCAUUAAACCAUAUUUAUGUGGCUGUGGUUGUAUGAUGUGUCAGUGUUUUGCAUAUUUAGACCAUAAGCUUUUGCUUCUUCAUGAGGCAGCUCGUUUUAAUUACUCUCCCAUCCAUCAUUUAUGCCAACAAGGGCUCCAGCAAGAUGCCCCAUAAGGUGUCCAUAUUUAAAAGUGGGGAUAUAUUUUUUUCCAUCUUAUAAUUCUUUGUAACUACAAAAGCUCUAUUUUUGUGUCACAUGACCUUACCUUUGGGGUUAAAUGAAAAGCUUUUCUCCUGGAAUGCUUUGCUACCAUCACAUAGUAUUUUCUAACAUGAAAAAAUCUCCAACAAAUUCUUUUAAGCAUCAUGUGCCCAUGUGCCCCUUUUUUUCAAUGCCCAACAUUAGGCUUAGAUCAUUUUAUUUAAUUUUGUUUAUUUAUCAAUCUUUCCCAUAUACGUAUAAAUGUAAGUAAGUUUACUCUCUGGGUCACCUGAUAUUUACUCCCCAGUAAAACAUGGAUAUAAAUAUAUUACCAUUAAACAUGCUUAACAGCUUAAGAUGUGAACUUCUGACAUUCAUGACAUUUAUUUAUUACAAUUUCACAGUUUCUUACAUUUACUUUGACUUUUAUUUGAUUGCAGACAGGAUAUAGAACCUGCAGAACCUGAGAUAUUUCAUGUUUUGUCUGCUGAACUUCAUUUCAUUAAUUAAUAAACAUUCAUUCCUAAAUUUCAGGCCUGCAACACAUUCCAAAACAAAGACGUUUUGUCACCGAGGAGACCAAGUGAUUUAGUGUUUGAGUUAUUUUGUCACAGAAGUGUAAAUGACCUUUGCCAAGGGCACUGACACAGACCCAUACCAUGACAGACCCUGGCUUUUUGGACUUGUUCCUGAUAACAGUCUGGAUGGUCCUUUUCGUCUUUGGCACACAGUGUCCAUUUAAAAAAAAAAAAAAGAAAAAAAAAAAAAAAAAAGGCCUGGAAUGCUGAUUAAUCUGACCACAAUACACGUUUCCACUGUGUGAUGGUCCAUCCUAGAUGCCUCCGAGCCCAGAUAAGUCGAUGACGUUUCUGGACAUGGUUAACAUAAGCCUUCUUUUUUGCACAGUAAAUUUUUAAGUGGUAUUUGUGCAUGUAACUCUGUAUUGUAGUGCUUGACAAAAGUUUGCCAAAGUAAUCCCUCACCCAUGUGGUUAUAUCAGCUAUUGUUGAGUGGUGGUUCUUGAUGCAGUGCCAUCGAGGGAUCGAAGAUCAUGAACGUUCAGCUUAAGCUUGCACCCUUGGCCUUUACACACUGAAAUUUCUCCCGAUUCCUUGAAUCUUUUAAUGAUAUUAUGCACUGUAGAGGGAGAAAUAUGCAAAUCCCUUCCAAUCUGUCUUUGAGGUUCAUUGUUUUUAAACAUUUCAAUCAUUUUCUCACAUAUUUGUUGAUAAAUUGGAGAUCCUCUGAUCAUCUUUGUUCAUCAAAGACUCAGCCUUUCCUGGAUGCUGCUUUUGUACCAAACCAUGAUUACAAUCACCUGUUUGGAAUCACAUCAUUAUUUAGUUUUUUCACCUUAUUACUAGCUCUAAAUUGCCCCUGUCCCAACUUUCUUUGGAAUGUGUUGCAGGCCUGAAAUGCAGGAAUGGGGGUAUAUUAACAAAUGAAAUGAAGUUGAACAGACAAAACAUGAACUUGGGUUGCGUGUCUGCAAUUAAAUAAAAGUCAAAGUAAAUGUAAGGAACACUGUAUUUUUAUUUUAUUUGCAUAUUCCACUGUCCCAAAUUUUUCUGAUUUGGGGUUGUAGUUCUGCUGCUUGGAUGUCAACAUAAAAAGUUAAUGUAAAAUUAUGCUUAGACAACGUGCCCAAAAGAAAUGAUGCUAUUGGGAAAUGUUCAGAUUUAAUAUUGUGGAACACUGGCUUUCAUGCAGCCUUCCUCCAAACCAGAUGCUAAUCUUACAUGCUAAAUGAUAUUUCAAAAUAGUACCAUUGUAUUGUGUGUUGUGGUUUAAGAUGGUUCAUGUCUGUCUAAAACAUUCUCAAGUAUGGACUGUCACAAUUCUCAUCCAACCCUGUUGUCUCUAUGAAUCGAUCAAUAAAGAACUGGGCACAUUUUAA